AACUCCUCCCGUUCCCCGCUUCGUGACGUCAGCAGUGGCGUCAGAUGGGUCCUUUCAGUCAUGGGAAUGUAGUCACGGCCUAGAGCCUACCUCUUGCGGCUGUGGGGAGGACGGAUGGAGGGAUAAGUCUUUUGGGAGUCCAUGUUGAUGUAGUAGAAGAAGACGUGGAAGAGGCUGUGAUCAUCAAGAGCACUGGGCGAAGCAUAUUUCUAGCUGAAUAUUGUAGCGCUGUCUAGAACAGAAUUCCUUCAUGUACUUACGGCAGCUAUAUAUGAAACUUCGUUUUUCAUUAAGUAUCUUUUAAAUUCUGGGUAUAGAAAUCGCUGGUUCGUUUGCAACGUCUAUUUUUGGUAGUAGUAUCGUCAUCGUGGAAAUUAGAGGAGUGGAUUAAAACAAAGAGCUGCGGUUUUCUGAUGGAAACUUGAUGCAUGCAGCUCAUCCGUCGUGUACCGUCCUUGUUUAAAAAUUUGAUUGCUUUGCACAGAUAUAAGAAGCUAACGUUGGCACAGUGGCAUUUGGACUUCAGCAUCAGUAAUGGCAUUUUCAAACUACAGCAGUUUAAAUCGUGCUCAGCUAACCUUCGAGUAUUUGCACACAAACUCAACUACACACGAGUUCCUGUUUGGAGCCCUUGCUGAGUUGGUGGAUAAUGCCAGAGAUGCAAGUGCAACAAGAAUUGACAUCUAUACUGAAAGUAAAGAGAACCUACGUGGGGGAUUUACCCUUUGUUUUCUGGACGAUGGUGCUGGAAUGGAUCCCUGUGAAGCUGCCAGUGUUAUCCAGUUUGGUAAAUCAUCCAAAAGAACCCCAGAAUCUACUCAGAUCGGACAGUAUGGCAAUGGGUUGAAAUCUGGUUCCAUGAGAAUUGGAAAAGAUUUCAUUCUUUUCACAAAGAAAGGUGAAUCAAUGACUUGCCUGUUCUUGUCUCGUACAUUUCAUGAAGAAGAAGGCAUUGAUGAGGUUAUUGUUCCACUUCCAACCUGGAAUUCUUAUACCAAGGAACCUGAUACUGACAACCCAGAGAAAUUUGCCAUUGAGACAGAACUGAUUUAUAAAUAUUCGCCAUUUAAAUCAGAAGCAGACAUUAUGGAACAGUUUGGUAGAAUAACUGGAGAUAGUGGAACAUUGGUGAUUAUUUAUAAUCUGAAACUGUUGGAUACUGGAGAGCCGGAGCUUGAUGUAGUUUCUGACCCUUGUGACAUUCAAAUGGCAGGAACGGUGAACGAAGGAGCGAAACCAGAACGUCGAUCAUUUAGGGCUUAUGCAGCUGUACUGUACAUUGAUCCGAGGAUGAGAAUUUUUAUUCAAGGGCACAAAGUGAGGACCAAACGACUUGCGUGCUGUUUGUACAAACCCAGAAUGUACAAAUACUCAUCAAGCCGCUUUAAAACCCGAGCUGAACAGGAAGUGAAGAAAGCAGAGCACAUGGCAAAAAUAGCUGAGGAAAAGGCUCGUGAAGCCGAAAGUAAAGCCCGAGCGUUAGAACUGCGACUGGGUGGGGAUGUGAGUAGAGAAGCUAGGAUUACCCUUAGACAAGUUCAGAAUUUAGCAAUUACUCUUCGAAGGGAAGCAGAUGUCAAGAAACUCAUACAGGAGGCAAAGCAAAGAGCUCUGAAAGAGCCCAAGGAACUCUGUUUCAUCUUUGGAGUCAACAUCGAGCAGAGAGAACUUGAUGGGAUGUUUAUUUACAACUGUAGUCGCUUAAUCAAGAUGUACGAGAAGGUGGGACCUCAGCUCGAGGGUGGAAUGGCAUGUGGUGGAGUAGUAGGUGUGGUGGAUGUUCCAUACCUGGUACUCGAACCUACACACAAUAAACAAGAUUUUGCUGAUGCCAAAGAGUACCGCCACUUGCUAAAAGCUAUGGGUGAACACCUGGCACAGUACUGGAAAGACAUUGGCAUUGCUGAAAAGGGGAUUAUAAAGUUCUGGGAUGAAUUUGGGUAUUUAUCUGCAAGCUGGAACCAGCCUCCAUCAAGCGACAUACGUUACAAGCGUCGGCGAGCCAUGGAGAUCCCUAUUACCAUUCAGUGUGAUAAGUGCUUGAAGUGGAGGACUCUUCCUUUCCAACUGAGUGCUGUAGAGAAGGAAUACCCAGAUAUAUGGAUCUGCUCCAUGAACCCUGAUCCCGAACAGGACAGAUGUGAUACGGUUGAACAGAAACAAAACCUUCCACUAGGAAUCCUUAAGAGAGACUACAAGUCCCAUGAGGAAAAGCAGAAGCAGUUGAGUGAGAAAAUCCGCCAGAACCAAGAAAAACUGGAAGCACUACAGAAAAUUACUCCAGUUCGAUCGCAGGCAGAACUGAAAAAACUUCCUCUGGAUGUGAGCAGUCGUCCAGCAGAAGAGGAUCUUCCACCUUUGGCUAAAAUUUCACGACCCCGUUCACCCCCUUUACCACCAGAACUAAAAAAUGCCCCCACUCGGCCUCCACAGACUGCACCUGCCCAGUUAAAAAGCUUGCCUUCACUCCGCCCAUCACCAAGUAUAGUUAAACCUUUCAAUAUUCCUGCAAGGAAAGAGGAUUCUGGCACGUCAAGAAAGGUACAUUCAGUUCCAGUGGUUACUAAGCAGGUGGUUUCCCCACCUAAACCUGCUGCUAAGACAGUUCCCGUGAAGCCUCCUGCACCUCAGCCAACAAGAAGUCCACGUGAGGUUGUUCAGCCGUUGAAGAGUCCAAAACUUCCAGUCCAGAAGAAGAAAAUGCCAGUACGUGUCCAGCUACCUGCUUUUUCACGAAAAAGGACUUCUGAUGAGAUGGAUAGUGUUGAAGAGGAGGAAGAGGAGGAGGAAGAGGAGCUUCAGCCCAGAUUAGAGAAGGCUCCUCGUCGAGUACUACCUGUGGUAACUAAGGAAGAAAAAAAAGAUUCCAGCGAAUCAGUUGUGGAAAUUACAGACAGUGGAACAGAAGAUGAUGUAUCAGAAAUAAAGAAAGCUUAUCAAGAUCGAGGUCUCCUCGUAGAAGUGAAGGUGAAUAAGGAAUGGUACACAGGCAAAGUAACUGCUGUGGAAACUAGCAGGCAUGGUGUUCGCUGGAAGGUGAAAUUUGACUAUGUCCCUACAGAUACCACUCCAAGAGACAGAUGGGUAGAGAAAGGCAGUGCUGAUGUGAGGUUAAUGAAGCCACAGUCUCCUGCAAGUCAGAGCCCUGACACAAGGCAGAAAGAAGAGGUAGAAUCAGCUUCCACAUCUGAUAGCACCAGAAUGGAACCUGAUACUACUGAGCCUGGUAUGAACACUGAGACAGUAGAGUCACUGGUCCUCACUCUUCGAAACUGCUUACGCUAUUUUUUCCCACCAAACUUUUCCAUCACAAAGAAGGAACUGAGUGCCAUGGCAAUGGAGGAGCUAGCUGCUUUCCCAUUGAAAGAUUAUUUUAAGCAGUAUGAAGCAGGUCUUCAGAAUUUAUGCAACUCGUAUCAGUCUCGUGCCGAUGCUCGCACCAAAGCUGCAGAGGAUAAUUUGCAUACUGUGGAGAAAAAGCUACAAGAGACAGAAGAGAAACUACAGAAAUUACGAACAAAUAUUGUUGCACUGUUACAGAAAGUACAAGAGGACAUUGACAUCAAUACUGAUGAUGAGUUAGAUGCCUACAUUGAAGAUCUUAUCUCAAAGGGGGAUUAAUAAUAUAAUUUCCAUAUAAUCGGGAAAUGGACAUGCCCAGAACUUCAGGAGGUGGGAGAUGCCUGCAUGGUCAGCAUCCUAGCCAACCUUUACAAGCCAGCAUGGAAGGCUCUGGGCAUAGACAGUUUUAACUUUCACUGUACAUAGUGAUGUGGCCAUAUAUGAAGAGGGAAUCUUUGAUUUUAAGAAACUCUGUUAUUCAAAGACAUUUUAAAACCAACUAUUCAAACAUUUUUUUCUCAUUUCUGUUAUUUGUAUAUAUAUUUUUUAAGAAAAUUCACUAUUGUCAAAA